AUGAGUGAGCAGAAUAUUGAUAUAGAUUUUCUCAUAUCCUUGGUCCAAGAAAGACCCAUUAUAUGGGAUAAAUCACACGAACAUUACAGUGAUAAAUUUCGUAAAGCGAAUGAAUGGGUAGCUGUUUGUAAAAAAGUAUUUCAAGAUUACGACGAGUUUGAGGACCAAAAAAAGAACAAGAUUGGUAACGAGGUUGUGAAAAAAUGGAGAAGCGUGAAGGACAACUUUUUUCGAUACGUAAAAAAAAUAAAAGAAAACAGUUCGUCUGGAUCAGGGGCAAAACAAUUGAAAAAAUAUCAUUAUUAUCAUCAGUUGCUGUUUUUGAUGAAAGUUGCCCAAAAUAAAACUGACAGUAGCCUUGAAAUGGUGUCUGAAGAAACGGAACGAAAUGAAAACACAUUAUCAUCUUCUCCAUUUCCUACAAAAGAAAUGUCCUCGUUACCCCCAGGUCCUUCUCGCUACGUGCCUGCAAGCCGUAAGAGAUCAAACCAAGCAAUAGAUGAUUUCGAGGCGCAAGCUUUAGAAGCGUUGCAAGAGAAAGAAAACCGCCACUUAUCAUUUUUCAAAGGAAUUUUGCCUUCUUUGGACAGCUUUACGGAAUUACAAACUUUGACGUUCCAAAGCAAAGUUAUAAAUAUCAUUACCGAAAUUCGGUUCGGGGAACAGACUCAAUCAACAACAUUUCAAUCACGCGGAUAUCAAACUGGACAACAGUAUCAAGCAACACCAUUGCAGUCACGCGGAUAUCAAACUGGACAACAUGCCCAGUCACCAUCGCCAUCGUCGUAUCGAACAGACGAAUUCGAAGCUACCUAUUCAACCAACACUACGAUUAAUAAUUUUACUGAUGAUAGUCAAGAAGAAGAUUAUAACUUUGCUUUGUUGUCUAAUACUACCAAUGCUCCUGGAAGAAUAAUAAUAUUGCCUAAUGACCAUUGUGGGUCUCAUUUGGAUGAACGUAGCGUUACAAUUGAUGAACAUUUAGAAAGAUCUGAUUUCGAAUUGGCAGAAAAAGUAUUAGCUGAAGUAUGGAGUUCAAUGGAAAUUGAUGGCUAUAAUGUUACUGCAAAAUAUUUUGGGGCAGGUCAACAAGAUGUUCCAGUAUUUCUAGACAUUAAAUGGUAUUCAGAACAUGUGCGUGAAAGCCAACACUUGCUUCAAAUUGUAAAAUGUAAAAAUACAGAAUGCUGUCAUCCAAGAAGUGGUCUAUUCAGAUUACUAGAUAACAUGUUUCUUCCACCACCUGUAAAAGUAAAACAAACAGUUGAUGACUUGGUUUUGGACGAAGGAGGGCAAUUUCUUGAUCUUCCAGUCAAUUUAGUUCUACGCUUAAGUGCUUCACUCAAAGAUUUCCUGCAAAUGCCCUACGAUUAUUUUUGUCCGACGGUAAAAUUGCGGCUACCAAGUCGAAUAUGCAAAACGUGUGGUCUUUAUUAUGCUUCCAUCAAGUCACUAAAUCGUCACAUCGAGAAGAUCCAUAAAAAGUAA